AUGUCUGUCUGGCGCCCACAUGACGCAGCCGCCACCCAGCACGUGGCGAAGCUCAUGGACACCGUCAAGGCCUGGGGCGGCCUCCCUCGCUCUGGGCGGGGCGGCGCGUUGGCCUCGGACGGCCUCGCGACGGUUGAGAGGGCCGAAGCGGGUCGGCAGUCCGAGAGCGAGCCGACGAGCGACUGCGCAGGCGAGGCCGAGGCCGUGGCUGAGGCAGAUCUGCUGCGGCGGCGCCGAAGCCAGCGGGAGCAGGACGCGGGCGACCUGGUGAAGGCCUUCUGCGCGGAGAUAGGCGGGCUCGAGCGGUCGCAUCCCGCGCGCGACCCGCGAAGCGGUGCUGGAGCGCCCCGGCGCGCGCGGCGACCGCGCGGGCGCGGGCUGUGGACCCCGAGCUUGCGGGCCUGCGAGGGGCGCGUGGAUUGCCGCUGCUCGCGGGAGGGGCCCUGCCCGUUGGCCCUGCGCGAGCACUGCUUAGCGCUUUGA